AUUGCUCUGUUUUUUCUGGAUGAUUCUGUAUGCAGAGGUUUUGGUCCUUGGGGUCCAAAGAUUGUACACAAGUAUACGGCUACUAGGUUUGAUCCUAGAGAUUCAGCUGAGUUUGUACUGGCAGAGAAGCAGAAUAAACUUCUGACAGAUUAUGCAUACCAUAUUUCCGCUGCCAAAGCAAGUGGAGAGCUGUGCUUAAAACAUAUAUUCUCUUUUGGAGCAUUACCUAGGGUGCCUCUUCUAAAAAGGCUUGGUUACACUGCUUGUGCAUCUGAAUGGAAAGUGCCAACAACAUUUAUAUACUGGACUGAAGAUUGGAUGAACUAUCAAGGAGCCCAAGACACUACUAAGGGUGGACAUUUCGUGUUCCUUGAAACCACAGAGGGAUUCCAUUCGGCCGUGUGAUAUGUGCAUGUAGGAGAUUUCUCUCACCUAACCCUGAUACUCAACCCUUGCCUUAAGGCUUGGAAUCAGCUUAGAAGAAAGUAUUGUAAUUUCUUCACCCACACUUUUUUGUAUAAUACAUAAUCACGAGAUCCCUUUGUUCUGUAACAUUCUUUUUGGUCAAUAAAACAUUCUUUUCUUCCAA